AUGAGCCCGACGCUGGCAGUGAGGCCCAUGCACCCGCCAGCAUUCGAGACGAUCCCAGAGCUCGCCCCGGUCCUCGAGUACACCAGCGCCGGCGCUAACACGACCAAUAAUUACAAUACAACCUCGCCGUCUUCCUCCUUUCCCAGAGGAGGCAGCACGUCGUCGUCGUCGUCGUCUUCAUUACAUCCCCAACCUACCCUUGAAUAUACACCUCUUGGGAGAGUCAUCCCAAGACGUUCCUUUACAGCGCCGUCGCCGUCUACUGCAGUUACGCGGUCGCAGCUCCCGCCGCUCAACACUGCGCUGCCGCCGCCCAUCGCGGCCUAUCCCAUGUACCCGGGUCUGCAGACGACCCCGAGCAGCAGCACAUCUAAAUCGACGUCAACCAGCAUGUCUUCCACAACCACCGCCAUCAUGAGCCGCAGAGGCCAGGAGCCAAAAGCCCUGAACCGUCCGCGCAAGAUAUCUACAUCGCACGCGCGCGACAGCUCCUCAGCGUCGGCACGAUCAUCGUCCUCUGAGACGUCGCAGCAGCAGCAGCAGCAGGGCAUGUACUCGACAACCCAGCAGCAGCAGCUGUACCAGCAACAGCAGCAAUACCGAACACAGUACCAAUCCCCAGCGUCUGCUGCUUCGCCCACGUCCACGGUCCCGCGGGCCAAGCGGAAGCAGUCCCUCGGCCGCGCUCCCGACGAACUCUUUGGCACGCUGCCCGGCGAGGUGCUCGAGGUCAUCCUCGAGUGCCUCAAGGAGCUGCACCUCGACCCGCGGAGCACCGCCACCAGCUGCGCGACGUGCUGGACGCGCGACCUGUGCAGCCUGAGCCUCGCCUCGCGGGCGUGGUCCCGCUCCGCCCGCCUGUCGCUGUACCAGGACGUGCAGAUUCUCGGCGACGACUCGGCCGCGCACCGCAAGCGCUUCAAGAUGGCACAGGGCUGCCGCAUGACGCUCCUCCGACGCACGCUGCGAUCCAACCACCGUCUGGCGGCGACGGUCCGCUCGCUCCGCCUCCCGACGCCCGUCGGCGAGACGUGCGAGACGACGCCGAGCAAGGCCGCCGGAGGACUGUCCCCCAGAGAAGUGUACGAGAACCGCGUGGCGUCGCUCGUCAUGGCCUGUCCGAACCUGGAGGUCCUCGCGGGCCCGCUGGCCACGCAUGAUCAUGACGCGUUUAGCCGCAUCACGCACGCCCUGUCCACGCGGACCAAGCUCAAGACUAUGAACUGGCGCAUCGCGGCAGCCGACGCGAGCACCUCGUCUGGCGGCGGCGGCGGCGCAGGAGGCUCGUCGCGCGACCCGGCCCGCCCUGGCUCCUCGUCGUGCGGAAGCAGCAGCGUCUUCUCCUCGGCGCUCGCGUCCAUGCUGCCGCCGCCCCUCGACGCCGCGCAGGAGACUCGCUUCCUCGGGCACCACCGCGCGUGGGCCGCCCUCGCCAGCCUGUCCGUCCACUGCCAGCCGGGCGCGUCGCUCGCGCCCGCCACGCUGCUCCAGCGCACGCUCACCUGCCUCCCGUCGCUGCAGCACCUGCACCUGAGCUGCGUGCCCGCCAACGCCUUCGCCGACGCCUCCCUCCUCGCGCUGCCCGCGCUGCGCUCCCUCACGCUCUCGCACGUGCCGGGCAUCAGCUCCCGCGGGCUGUCGGCGUUUGCGACGCGCCCAAACAGCCGGUGCCUGCGCAGCCUGCAGCUGCGGCACACGCCGCUGACGUCGCUGCCCGCGCUUGCGCGGCUCCUCUCGCACCUGCCCUGCCUGACGUCGUUUGCCCUCGUGCAGGACUUUGCGCCGCUCAUGCCCAGCGACGACGACGCGUUCGCGCUGUGGAUGAUGCCGUACCUCGCCAGCCGCACCGUGACGCGCCUGCACUGGGACGUCGUGGCGCGGCAGCAGCACCGCCGCGGCGGCGGGUCCAGCGACGCAGACGACAUCCUCGCGCGCAGCAUCGCGGCCGGCGGGUUCCCUGCGCUGCGCACCCUCCGCGCGCCCAACGACCCCGACGGCCUGUUCCAGCAGCUCUGCCGCCCGCUCGAGGCCAUUGCCUCGUCGGCGGACCGCAUCUGGGCCAACGGCGGGCGCUGCGGCAGCAGCCACAGUCGCGGCGCGAGCACCGGCAGCGGCGGCGGCGGUUUCGCGGGACUGAGCAAGCUUGGCGGCGGUGGCGGCGGCUUGCCCAAGUCAGCGACGGCGGCGUCGCUGCCGAGCUCCUCCUUUGCGGCCGCCCCGCCGCCCCACGGCACCGAUCUCCGCGCCGCUCGUAUCGCGGCGCAGGCCCGCCUCGACGACGCGCGGCCGCGCUUCCGCUUCCAGGUGCAGGUGCGCUCCGAGGAGGGCCACCUGGUCGACGAGUUCGGCCUCGGCGGCUUCGUCGGCACCGUCGGCAGCCCCAUCGACUACUGGCUGCACCCCGACCUGGGCUCGUCCGACGCGGCCGGCGGCCUCGUCGACGUGCCCGACCUCGCGGCGCCCGGGGGCGAGGCCCUCCUCGUGGAUGACGACGACGACAGCGGCGGCGGCGGUGGCAGGAGCGUCAGCGGCUGCACCGGGAGCUGGAACUGGCGCGAGGGCGUCGUGGCCGACAAGAGGGAAAAGGAAAAGUGGUGGCACACGGAGCGUGGGCGGUGGAUUCGCCCGCGCCUCGACUGA